GAGAGAAGAGCUCUCAAGAUGUUACCCCCAAGAUCUCCAGGGUUACCUGUAUGUUACAUGUCUCAUCCAGAACUGUUCGGACAAAAUGGUGACAGCUCAGUUUCUUGGCAAAAUAGACCACAACUCGCUUCUGGUGCAGGACGACUACAUAUUUGUCAAGGUCACCACAGGGAAUCCUACCAAGCACUACGUUUCCUAUCGGCGCAACGAGUUCGUACAGAUGAGAUUUCCAAAGUACUCUUUGCCAAAGGAUGUUCAGAUAGUGAGUACGGACGAGAACCAGGUCUUCAUCGCCCUCCAGGAGUGGUACCAAACAGACACAUAUAACCUGUACCAGUCUGACUCCCAGGGCAUAUACUAUGCCAUUGUCCUGGAAAAUUCUGGGCAUGCCAUUGUCCUGGAAAAUGUUCGCAGCACCAAGCAGCCAGAGGAGAAUGUCCUCAUCGACAUACUUGAGGUGCGUGGAAUCAAAGGAGUCUUUCUGGCCAAUCAGAAGAUCAAUGGAAAAGUGACAACUCUCAUCACCUAUAACAAAGGGCAAAACUGGGAACCGUUGGUCCCACCUACCACUGACAUGAAUGGCAAGCCGAUCAGCUGCAAAGCACCGGACUGUCACCUCCACCUCCACCUACGCUGGGCAGACAACCCCUACGUGUCUGGGACAGUCCACACCAAAGACUCUGCUCCAGGUCUCAUCAUGGGUGCUGGUAACCUUGGCUCCAAGCUGGUAGAGUAUAAGGAAGAGAUGUACAUCACUUCAGACUGCGGGAAGACAUGGAGACAGGUUUUCGAGGAGGAGCAUCACAUCCUGUACCUGGACCAUGGUGGGGUCAUUGUUGCCAUCAAGGACACCUCUAUUCCCCUAAAGAUACUCAAGUUUAGUAUCGAUGAAGGACGGACGUGGACCAUUCACAACUUCACCAGCACCUCCGUGUUUGUCGAUGGACUCCUGAGUGAGCCAGGAGAUGAGACCCUGGUUAUGACACCUGCUCACUCAGCUCAAGCAAAGAACGCUACAAUUUCUGAACCAACAGAAAUAUCUUCAUGUUACUUACUUCCAUCAUCUGAGGACGUGAACUACUAG